GGCGGAACGAGAAGAGAGAGAGAGAGAGAGAGAGAGAGAGAGACCAAAGACGCGGGUUUGAACAGAAUUUCCCUCUUUUCUUCAGAAGCUCUCUCUCUCUCAGGUACCCUUCCAAACCCUAGAAUAGAUAAAGAAAAAAACCCUCUUUCCAAGAGUUUCCAUUUUACCCUUCCCCACCUCGAAGAUUUCUAGGGGUUUUUUCCCCUAUUCCACACAUUUCUGAACCCUACAGCUUCAUGAAUUUCCGGCAUUUCUAGGGUUAGAAAUGGAACAAAACCGCCCCCGAACGAAUCCCCGCCGUCGAUUCCGUGCGAUCUUCAACGCUCUCUGUGCUCUUGCCCUCCUCAUCUUCUUCCACAACCGAGAUUCCGUCCUCCGGAACCCGUUCUCCCAUCAAGAGACGAAUGCGAUAGCCAAUUUUGGUUUCAGCGAUCGGACGUUCCGUCCGCUGCCGUUGCACCGGCGGUUCACAGCCGAGAUUGCCGUUAAUUCUUCGUUAGGGGAUCACAAUCUGACGGCUGAGAAUUCCGCAGCAUGUACCGGAUUAGCAGAACACAAGGGUUUCUCCAGCCGCUGCGAGUUCUUAAAAUUCCAUCCGGAGUGCACGUCGGGCAGGUAUCUCGAUUACAUCACGUUCUUUUACUGUAGUUGUGGGGAAGUCCCCAUGCUCGGUUAUGCUGUUUUGGGCAUUUGGCUGGCAGCACUAUUCUAUCUUUUGGGCAAUACCGCUGCCGACUACUUCUGUUGCUGUUUAGAGCAGCUGUCGAACCUUUUGAAGCUGCCACCCACCGUGGCUGGCGUUACUCUCCUCCCGCUCGGGAAUGGAGCUCCUGAUGUUUUUGCAAGCAUUGCUGCAUUCGUAGGCAGUGACGCGGGCGAGGUCGGAUUGAACAGUGUCUUGGGUGGGGCUGUUUUCGUCACGUGUAUUGUUGUUGGGACGGUUUCAUUGUUUGUCGCAGAUAAACGGGUCCAGAUCGAUCGGAAAUGCUUUGUUAGAGAUAUUGGGUUCUUUUUGUUCACGCUAGUAUCUCUGUCGUUAAUUUUGAUGGUUGGGAAAGUAAGCGUCUGGGGAGCGGUUGCAUUUGUUUCAAUUUAUGCGGUUUAUGCAUUUUCGGUGGCUGCAAAUGAGCUGUUGCGGAAGCAUUCUCGGAUGUUGAGAUUGGAUGCUGUCACGCCACUGCUUCCUGUGAAGGGGAGUAUCUUUUCGCAUGGGAGUGAGGAGGACGAAUCUAUCCACAGUUCAUUGCUUGAUGUGGAUUUUCACUCAGACACGGCCCAUCUGCAUACGACACUGCCACAGUGGAUGUGGGCUUCGAAUGUAGCAAUUUAUUCAAAUCAAUCAUUGAAAGGAAUAGGGCCGGAGAACCCAAGGCCGUUGUGGGGGUGGAGCGAUGAGGGGGAGGCUGAGCGGUCAAUGUUGUCAUGUUCGGAGAUCUUCUGGCUGAUGGAGAUGCCUUUGUCGAUCCCACGUCGCUUGACCAUCCCGAUUGUUGAGGAGGAACGGUGGUCGAAAGGGUAUGCUGUUGCCAGUGCUUCAUUGGCGCCUGUUCUUCUGGCAUUUUUAUGGAGUGCAGAUGAGUCGGUUUCUCAUUCUAGGAAAGCCAUCUAUUUCGUGGGUGUUUUAAUUGGCGCCACCUUCGGCACCCUUGCACUUGUCUUCACCAGAUCUGAUCAUGCACCACGGAAGUUCUUGUUUCCAUGGGUUUCGGGAGGUUUUGUGAUGAGCAUUGUUUGGUUCUACAUUAUCGCCAAUGAACUUGUUGCCCUCUUAGUUGCAUUAGGCGUAAUUCUUGGUAUAAAUCCAUCGAUCCUUGGAUUGACUGUAUUGGCAUGGGGCAACUCGAUGGGCGACUUGAUGUCAAAUGUUUCAUUGGCUCUGAAUGGUGGUGAUGGUGUGCAGAUUGCUUUGUCUGGAUGUUAUGCAGGGCCAAUGUUCAAUACACUUGUUGGUUUGGGGAUCUCAUUGUUGCUUGGAGCAUGGUCUCAGAGACCCGCUGCAUACAUUGUUCCAAGAAACAGUAGCCUCUUCUACUCAAUGGGAUUUCUGAUGUCGGGAAUUCUAUGGGCUCUUUUUAUUUUACCCCGGAAUGACAUGCGUCCGAGCAGGAUGUUAGGGGUUGGGCUUAUAACCCUUUAUUUGAUAUUUCUCAUUAUUCGGGUGAGCUCCGCAAUGGGUGUUGUGUCACUAGCCGGAUUACGUUGAUAUUGUCACAAUUGAAGGAGAUAAACUUAGAAUCUUGACCUGUCAAAGAACAUGUGGUGGGCCAUUCGAUCUCAUCACAUCAAGGAUCAGGAAGGUCGGGAUUGAAUUUGGACUGUAAAAUAAACAUUGGUUUUUCCCGGCACUAAGUAUUCCUGUAAGAUAUGAGCAUUGCAUCUUAUGCAUAUAUUGUGUAUUUUCUGUACUUGCUAAGGGAAUUUGUUCAGACAAGUCUAACUC